AACCCAUUUUUAUAAUUUGUAAGGUAGGUAGCCUUAAUUGUCAGUCAAAAGGAAAAGCUCGCAAUGGCUUUCCUCAGGUCAUUGACAGCCGCUGCAGUAGUUGUGCCUGCAGCAUUCGCGGCCGCUACCGUGUGUUCUACCUCUUCAUCGUCGUCGUCGUCGUCUCACAUUUCUUACCCGUUUUUCUCCAAAAUCCGAAACCUUCCCUUCUUCUCCACAGCAGCAAUACACCGGCCAGAGCGCCUGGUCCUUCUCAGGAACUUCAGUCCUCCACACGCCACCGUACGUAUGGAUUCUUCACCCGCGACAGAGCAGAAAGCCCUCGAGCAGAAUGACAAGGCUUUACCAGAGCUGCUGACGGAGUUCAUGGUGGAUAUGAAGUGUGAUGGUUGUGUUAAUGCCGUCAAGAAGAAGUUGGAGACAGUCGAUGGGGUUAAAGGAGUUGAGGUAGACCUCAGCAAUCAAGUGGUCAGGGUUCUUGGUUCUUCAUCCGUGAAGACUAUGCUUGAUGCUCUGGAACAGACGGGUCGAAAAGCUAGGUUAAUUGGGCAAGGCAUACCGGAAGAUUUUCUAGUAUCAGCAGCUGUAGCUGAAUUUAAAGGUCCAGAUAUUUUUGGUGUUGUUCGUCUGGCUCAAGUGAAUAUGGAGCUGGCAAGAAUUGAAGCUAGCUUUAGUGGUCUGUCACCUGGAAAACAUGGUUGGUCUAUAAAUGAAUUUGGUGAUUUGACAAGAGGAGCAGCGAGCACCGGAAAAGUAUUCAAUCCAACGAAUCAAGCCUCUUCUGAAGAGCCAAUUGGCGACCUGGGAACAUUAGAUGCUAACGAGACUGGCGAGGUCUUCUUCUCUGGUGUCAAGAAGAUGCUGAAAGUUGCUGAUCUCAUUGGCCGAUCUAUUGUGGUAUAUGGAACAGAACAAAAAUCGGAUCCAGGCAUUGCAGCUGCAGUGAUAGCUAGAAGUGCAGGAGUUGGUGAAAACUAUAAAAAGCUUUGCACAUGCGAUGGCACCACCAUAUGGGAAUCGAGUAACAAUGAUUUUAGUGUGAGCAAAAUCUGAUAAUUAUUUAAAUGAGACUUGUAUUUCUUACCUUAAAUUUGUGUUUUUAGGUGGGUCUCUGGUUUGUCCUUCCAUCUUGAUUUCAUGAUUUGUAAUCCUUUACCGGAGGACACUACAAGAAACACUAUUCUAUGAAAUAAAAAUGGACGAGCCUCAGGACUCUUUAAGCUA